CAGUGUUGGAGAGCGCGUUCGUUGGAAGCGUUCGACUUUCGAGUGGCGACGUACGCUAGCCUGGCGUGCAUGUCUUCAUUAUUGAUGCAAAAGUUCCACGAUGGUAGAUCAUAACGAGAGAUUGUUACAGGAGUUGCAAAGGAGAAGUGGAAAUAAUGUGUGUGCGGAUUGUGGAACCGAUGAUCCGGACUGGGCGUCCUACAACCUGGGCAUCUUCAUCUGCAUGCGUUGUGCCAGCAUCCACCGGGGCAUGGGCGCCCACAUCAGCAAGGUCAAGCACCUCAACCUGGACCGCUGGGAAGACUCCCAGGUCCAGAGAAUGAAUGAGGUCGGCAACAUCGCCGCCAAAAACAAAUACGAGGAGCGAGUGCCGCCCUGCUACAGACGACCGACGAAGAGCGAUCCACAAGUUCUCAUAGAACAGUGGAUACGUGCGAAGUAUGAAAGAGAGGAGUUUUGCCAUCCUGAACGGCAGAGCUAUCUCUCUGGCUCUAUGGAAGGUUUUCUGAUGAAGAGAGGGAAAGAAGAUAGCAGAUACCAACUCAGGAAAUUUGUACUGAACGAGACCGAAGACACACUCAAGUAUCACCAAGCUUCCGACGGCUGCGGCCGUGCCGCGAGUUGUCUCGAUCGGUUAUUCGAUCGUCUCCGUGUCAAAAACAUUGGUCGAUGGAGGUACCACGUUCGUGAAAACAAAGAACCAAAGGGCAUCCUGAAGCUUUCGGAACUGAAUGUCUGCUUUGCGCCGUCGAAGAUAGGUCACAUGAACUCUAUGCAGCUCACGUUUAUGAAGGAUGGCUCCACACGACACAUCUAUGUGUACCAUGAGGAACCAGAAGUUAUUAACAAUUGGUACACAGCGAUCCGCUGCGCCCAACUGCACCUCCUCCAAGUGGCGUUUCCUUCAACCCCCCAAUCGGACCUGGUCCUCCGCCUACCGAAAGACUUCGCACGCGAGGGCUGGCUUUGGAAGACAGGACCCAAACUCACAGACGCUCACAGGAGAAGGUGGUUCACACUCGACAACAGAAAGCUGAUGUACCACGAUGAGCCAUUGGACGCGUAUCCGAAAGGAGAAAUAUUUGUCGGCCAUGAAUCAAACGGUUACUGCAUCAAAGUGUCGAACACUGGCAACGGGUGCAAAGAAGCCCGGUUUCCCUUCCACCUGGUGACUCCUGAUAGGACGUACUGCCUCGCGGCCACCACCCACGAAGACCGGGCAGGCUGGCUCGCUGUCAUACAGCAGACCAUCAAGAGGCCGCUCACGCCUCAGGACUCUAACAUUGAGGCCAUACUCGUUCGCAAAAGGACAACGUCGAACUCCAUCAACAUAUUCUCCGGCAGGUAGUUGCACUGUCUUGUCUUACGCCUAGGCUGUAAGAUGAAACGCAUGUAUUGUUUCUAGAAUUAAUUUCAAGGACUGCAAAGUAAUUAACAUAUACAUUAAGGUAUAAAGUUAAUCUCGUCGAACUGUACUCGUAGUACUCGUACGAUGGACGCGACGAUGUAAAUAUUUUAAAGCAAUUUUUGUUCGAUUAUGUUUGUAUCGAUAUAACGUAAUCAAAUGUAUUUUUAUUAAAACAUAAUAAUAUGUUUUGCUAAUAAGUUUAAAUUAUUUUAUAUAUUUUAGGUACCGUGACGGAACUGAAACGAUUAUGUGUUAAAUUAUGUCGAUUAUUUUUAAGUUUAUUAAAUGUAAUUUUACCGCGUGACGAGUUGGAAAAAACAAAAUGGCUGGACGCACAAAUUAUAUCAUUAUAAAUAAUAAAGAUAAAAUCGUAAUUCGUAGCAUAGAAUUUAGACAUUUUGAUAAUAUUGAUGGAAAGGAUAACAGGCAACAAUAGUCUUUAUUUUUAUGGUUUUUACAUUAGAUUUGGAAUAUUCGACGGUUACCUUACAGACUUCAUUUUAGAUUUUUAAUUUUCAGAUGGAUAAUUUUUGGCUGUGGUUUGAAUGCCUUGGUUUAUUUUAUUUACAACUUUCCUUUAUUUAAAUGUCUUUUCACUUUCUAGUUAAAGUCAGGACCGUCUUCCAUGCAGGUUUGCCUGUUCUCCUUUAUUAAAUAAUGAUAAUAUCGUUUAAAAUAAUACAUAACUACAUACUAUCAUCAUUUAUAUCACUUAUUAGACUACAAGAUGACCAGUAGAGUACUAUACCUUUUUUUUAAAUAAUCGCAUCGUAAUUAGUUAAUUAUUUAAAGACAAAUAUUAUGUAGAAUAUGACUACAUUUGAAAAAAAUAAUUAAUUUUUUUAGAUCAUUAUCGAAAAAUCAAUAAAAAAAAUAUUAUUCGACAUUAAAUUAUAAUAAUUUACAAAUUUUCUUCAAACGUAGUGGUGAAUUAUGAUUAUGUGGAUUUUAAGUGUGUUCUUACCUGGCUAAAAAUAUUGCUCAUCUUGUUAUUUAUUUUACUGAUAAUUUUAUUACUUCUACCAAAUAGUUAAUUCAAAUCACAAUUUUUGCUCUCUCAUUUUUCAUACAAAAGCACUCCACCAAAAACAUAGGUACACAAAUCAAUAACUUAUAAAAAUAAUAUUAAUAACAUAAUAGACCUUAUUGUACUUGAAAUAACAAAUCCUGUAUUAAUAAUAUUAUAUCCAGUUUAUUCGAUCAUAGUUGGCCCAAUGAUAAAAUAAAUUCAUAGGUAGAUUAUUUAUUUUGGCUCAGUCCAUAGAGUAGGUUAUAGUGAUGUAAAAGUUUCUAAAACAAGGCAUGUUAUGAAUGAUGUAUGAAAAACAUGCUUGUUAUUCAAUAAAUCUAAAUAAAUAUACCUACAUUCACAAAGCUACAUGACGUGUAUGGGGCGCGAAAUUUGUAUUUCUGUCUGUAUACAACUUAAAAGUGAUAGUAUCAUCUGUACCAUCCCAACUAAUAUUAUAAAUGCGAAAGUAACUCUGUCUGUCUGUUACGCUUUCCCGCUUAAACCUCGCAACCGAUUUUGAUGAAAUUUGGCAUAGAGAUAGUUUGAGUCCCGGGAAAGAACAUAGGAUAGUUUUUAUCCCGGUUUUUGAAACAGGGACGCGCGCGAUAAAGUUUUUCUGUGACAGACAAAAUUCCACGCGGGCGAAGCCGCGGGCGGAAAGCUAGUUGCCGAUAAAAAAGGUCUAGUUAUCUUCCAAGUUAAAAAAAGGCGUUUAGUUUUAAUUAGUUAAAUACGUUAUGUAAUAACUAAAUAAUAUGCAAAUAGCAAUGCAAUAACGUAGUAGAGUGCACUAUAAAAAUAGUGUUUAGUUGUAGAAUACUCUGGAACAUGGGCUUUAAAGUGUUAAUUUACCUUGUUAGUUAUGAAGAGUUCACAAGGCAUCAUCACAAUUAAUAUUGAUAGAUGAGUAGCUUAUUUAACCAGUUGAGCGUACGUGACUCUACAUUUCCUUUCAUAUCUUAAAGACUUUGGUCGGCCGAAUGAAACACGUUAAUAGGUAUCCUGAAGGAUAGACAACUUACUCGUAUCUGGAUAUUUGUUAGUAAAAUACAAAUUUUAAAUGCGUGAAAAACUUUUACUUUUUGCGAGAAUAAUUAUAAUGCAUUUUGACAUUAUUCGACAUUAAUACAUUCAUUUGUUUGUUUUGUCGGCAAAGUAUUUUAUCUUUGAUCAGACGUGCCCAAUAAAGGUUCUUUGAAGGAUGCAAGCAAGUCUCAUCCACACCACGUUUACAUACAAUCCUGUAUUCAACUUAUGAUUGAUCUAAAUAUUGAAAUACAAGUCACAAUCGUUAGUUUAUGAUUCAGUUUGAAUCGAGUUUUGCUCUUUCAUGAUAUCAGACUCACGCCUGUAUUCACAAACAUUACUAUGAGGUCUCACAGUCCGCGUGGACGCACAGGGUGACACAUGAACCAAUCACAGAGCUCUAUUCAACGCUGUGCGUUCCAUUUUCUGCUUCACUUAAGCAAGCAUCGUUUGUGAAUACGGGCGUCAGAUUAUAGCUCAUGCAUAGCUGAUAGUGUACGACUGGUAUAAUUAAACGUCAUUAUACUAAUUAAAACCGAUAGAUAUCUAAGUAAGAUAGCCCACUGUUUAUUUAUUUUCGAAAGUUUAGUCUUAGAUAAAUAAAAGGUUUUUAAGUAUUUAUUUAAUUGAUGGCGUAGUAUUAUUCUAACUGUCCAAUUUUUUAUGGACAUAUUUAGAUAAUUUUAGUAAAAUCUGUCUUUAUUUGCGAAAUCCAUUUUUAAGCAAUAAUACGUUUUGUAGGACAGUUUUAAUUUUUUGAGUCUUCUUACUUUGAAAGAUUCAUAGUAAAUGGAAAUCCGCGUUUACAGUAAACCAAUUAUUCAUGUACAUAAAAUAUAAUCAUAUGCAAUAUCUUAUAUCAAAGUACUCGUAUUCACAUAUUAACACAGUAAAACAUUCUUAGUAUAAUGUAGGUGUGUAAAUGCAUACGAAAAAGCUAGGAGCCUACCAAAAACAUGGUAGAAUUAGGUAAUACUUUAUUAUAAUGUAUACUAUAUCGGGACACUAUGAUACAGGACUAAAGCAAGUUGCUUGUUAAGAAUAUGUUAAGGGCAUGAAUAUAAUUCAUCUAGUGUAGUGAUGAUUGAGAGUAUUUGAAUUUUUGACUAGAUUAAAUUCUACCUAUUGGCUAGUUGAUACCAUUCUUCCGGCUCUCUUUUUUUUUAAAACAACAACAUUAUUUCAACCUUGAACUCCCCUGAGUUAGCUUUUAAUUUACUGUAAAAUUCGAUUUUUAUUUUUCGAAUCAGUAGUCAAUUGUUUGUACACAAGUGACGCCAUUGUAUUGCUGUCAGUUCAUGAAAAGAAUGAAAAUUGAUUGAUGGUAUCAACUACCCAAUAAUUGAAACGCGUUGUCAAGUUGUCGUGUACCCAUGAUAAGUCCAAAAUAUCAACAAUAUUUUAUGACCAAGCGUUUUGAUGUAUUUAUGUUAGGAGGAAAAGUUAGGAAAUUCACCAAAGGAGUGUUUGGAAAUGAGGACUGGUGCGAAUCAGCAGAUAAAGUAGGAAAAUGUAAUUUAGUCGAAUGAAUAGCCACAAAAAGCAAUGUAAUGUUUCCUAGAUAAUGUACAAUUUAUUUAGCUUUGUAUUGAAUAGAUUUUUAGGUAGGUACUGCCACUAUUGUAACCAUACUAUUCAUUUGUAAGAACAAUAGUUACGAUACUGCACGAUUAUUUUAGCGUAGAAUAAGUUAGUUCGGAAAUUUUAUUUAUAAUUUUUUACCAAAAUAUGCCUCGCUUACUUUUAUUUUAUGAUUUGUUGUAAAUAAUCGAAAUAAUACGAUGUAGUGUGUUCUGACAUAAUACGUUCUUAUAAAAUAAUAAACUUUUCACCGCUACACAAUGUAUUUUCUUUUAAAACUUAAUUACCUACCCAACCCUAUUUAUUUUUCAGGACACUUGCUAGUAACAUGAUUUUACUUGUAAUUGAAAUCAAUCUGCUUGUUUAUACUACAUUAACCACCUGAAUUUUCAAUAAGAUAUAUUUUUAAAAUAUUUAUUUCUCUAUGAUAAAAAAUAUCCCUAAGAUAAGUAUUUUAGUCUCUAUAUUCGUAAUUUCGUAAGCCACGUAAGUGGUUUACAAAUGCACUUCAGUCUCCGUCGCUUCGAGAUGUUUUUUCCCGCCUAUUCCUGUUUGUUUUGUCAGAUCCCAGCGACGUGGCUUGACAUCCACUUUGUCCGGGAUCCGGUUACCGAACACGUCACAUUCCCGUGUUUCACGUAAUUAUGUGUGCAGUAUUGAAUUUAUGGAAAAGUACAGUAAUAAGUAAUUUAACCAAUAAUAUUACAGCUUCUACAUAUAAGGGAAAGUUGACUCUAUCUCUCCUUUUGUUACGUUUUCAGUAAAAGUUGGCUAUUUUCUAGCUGUAAGAAUUAAUCUUAGGAUAUGGUAAACUAAUUUUCAGUCCGAUUUCCACUAGCAAUUUCCACGUAAUCGUUUUAGCCAUAGGACGUCUACUGCUGAA